AUGGCAUACCGCAUACAACAGUUGGAGCACUGCGACACGGAAAUGUUCGGUGAUCUGGUGCUCACCUGCAGGACGGAGCCGCCGAAGAAGUUGGCGAGGAACGUGCUGCAACCGGUGCCUUAUCGCAGGAGCUUUUCGAGCGACGUGAUCUUGCCCAGAAAUCCGGAGAGCGAGAAGCGGAGGGCGACUGCUCUGGUCGACCAGUUACUGUUGGACAUUUAUAGUCACGCACAGUUCAGUACCGAUUAUAAUUCGGCCACCUCGGGGAAGUCGCAGAAAAGUGUCUGGGUGGAUGUUACGGAUUUUAAAGAAAAAGAUUGCGAUGAGCUCGAAUCCAUUUUGGAGUUACUGCGCUCGCACGUGGAGCGCAUGGGCAGCGUCCUGGUGCGCCAGCUGAAGCGACGCGACGCCCUCCGCCGUCAGCGCGACACCCACUGUGACGUCAUCGACGCUCGACUAAACGCACUUGCGUCGGGUGGCGAAGACAUGAGGUUCACAAUACAACCAGGACCGGGGGAAUCGGGUUUCUCGCAGUGGGCGGCCGCGAUGAAAAUGGUGGCCCAACUACCCGGGGGAAUACCCCCCGAAUUCAGGAGGCGACUGUGGUUGACGCUCGCCGAACGGCAUCUCGACGCUCAGGGGGUGGACUGGACCAAAGUCGAGAGGAACUGUUUCAGUGAAUGGUCCCAUCCAGCCGAUUCUGAAUUGGGGGUCCAAAUAGUCAAGGAUCUCCACAGAACAGGUUGCAGCCUGUUCUGCGGAGAAGACGGCCAAGAAAACCAAGCCUUGCUCAAGAGAGUCCUUUUGGCCUACGCCAGGUGGAAUAAAGCAGUCGGAUAUUGCCAGGGAUUCAACAUGUUGGCGGCCCUCAUCCUGCAGGUCACCGAAAAAUGUGAGACUGAAGCGUUGAAGCUGAUGAUUUACCUAAUCGAGGGGGUGUUACCGGAGUCGUAUUUCGCCGACAGUUUGCGGGGACUGUCCGUCGACAUGGCCGUGUUCCGGGAGCUGCUCAGAUCCAAACUGCCCCGGCUCUCGCGGCACCUGGACACGCUGCAGACCGCCGCCAAGGACGGGAACACCAGCUACGAACCGCCCUUAACCAACGUCUUCACCAUGCAAUGGUUUCUGACUUUGUUCUGCAACUGUCUGCCGCAACCCACAGUCCUGCGAGUGUGGGACCUGAUCCUCCUCGAAGGCAACGAAAUUCUGCUUCGCACAGCGCUCGCAAUCUGGCAAACAUUGGCCGAUCGCAUAAUGGGCGUCCGAAGUGCCGACGAGUUCUACUGCAUCAUGGGAGUCCUGACGCGAGAACUGCUAGAAUCCGGCCUUCUGGACGCCAAUUCCUUAAUCAAAGCGGUCGUAAACAUCGGUCCUUUAACGGAAUUGAACAGUCUGAGGGACCACUACAUGUACAACAUUAACCCCUGGGGCGGACUACAACAGGCGGUGGUCGAGAAGCAGCUGAAGCUGUAUCCGAGGGAAAGGCUGGCGUUAGAUAUAAGUGCACUCAAGAAGCAAUACACGAAAUUAAAACAGAGGCAAAGGCAGGCCCAUAUCAUUUUCAGCGCUGCGAUAUCUAGACAACCGACUACCGCCGCCCCCGUGGCCAUGAACCACCUUCUCAUUGGUAAAAGUGCUUUGGUGCCUGCCAAACGUUUGGGUCCCCCAAAAGGUACAAUUCCGCCAGCUCGUCAAUUAACCCCGACGACACUGCACUGGAAAGACACUCGAAAAAACGACGACUCCAGCGACUCCAGUGAUACAGAACUAUGUGAUGAUGAUGCCAGCGAUCAUUCCGAUAUAGAAGAAUCAGGUCAAUUCGAUGACAAUCUUAGUAAUAGUGAUACUAAUCUUAUGAAUACAGACAAUACAAGUGCUAAAAUUAGUGCCAGUAAAAUAGAAGAACCCCAAAGCCAAAUUACAGUAGAAGAAGCCACUUCUAGCAGCACUGUUAUACCCAUCAAAGUCGAGGCCGUCGACUCAGACGAUGAUAACAUCGAGUUUGAGAAAUUUCUUGCUGAUCGAGUCAAAUGCCUUAAACAACAUAGCUUGCCGGAAGAAGAUGAAGUAUCUUCAGAAGAGGAGAAGUCCCGAUCUGGAAGAAGAAACAGCGAAAGAGCACUGCAAAUAAUUCAAGAAAAUUCGCUUAUUCUCACAAGGAUUCUUCAGUAUCAGUCUCGACUAUCACCAUCACCCCCACUUAUAGAUGAUACCCCCCUAAGUAGAACCGAGCCACCAGACUUUUUAGAUUUGUCAUUUAAUAAAAUCCCUGAGGAGCCACAGGAAUUUGAGUACGACAUAAAAUCUAGUUUAUCGGAGCCAGAAAUCAAAACGUCUAUAUCACCAAUUUCACCUCAAUACGGUAAUCAAUAUUCAAGCAUAUUGGAAAAAAGCAAAAGUCUUGAUGAAAGAUAUCACAGUUUGAUUUUAAAUCAGUCUCACUCAAAGAAAAGUGACGAUAGUGAUGUAAUUAUUGAAGAGAAACUAAUACAGUUUAGUCCCAGCAAAGCUUCUACUAUGGUCCUUAAUACAGAAAAGUCAAUAGAUAAGCCUCAAGUAACUCCUGUUGUACCUCCGUACAGUGAAAAUUCUAUUACUGAACCACUGAACAUCUCAGCUACUACAUAUUUCAGUCCUGAUGAAGACCCACCUAAAUUUACUAAAAAUGAUGACUUUCUCGCCUCCUCAUCAUCUAAUGACUUAAAAGAAAUGUCUCAAGAAGCGACGAAGUCGAAUUAUGUAGAUUUUGAUUUCAAAGUAUCACCCCGUGAAAAUUCACAGAGCUAUACAUUAAACAAAGAUAAUAAGACGAUAAAUGAAAACAUGGAAACAACCGCAUGCGAUCUGCUUAAAUUUAGUAUAUCAGAUGAUUUCCUUGUAUCCUCAACUUCUGGUGACAUAGAAGGGAUGACAUUAGAUAACAUUAAAUCCCCUAAGGUAGAUUUCUAUAAAUCAACCCUUGAAAAUUCACGCAGCAACACAGAUUUACCAGCAUUUAACCGAGAGGAUAUUUCCAAUGAAAUCACUUCACCCAGAAUUGAGCCUUUAAAUGAUUUACCAGUUGAAUCAAAUAUUACUUCGCCAAUAUCUGCGCUAAUAAACUUAAACAAUUCAAAUGAAUAUUUGACACCUAAACAAACUUCUGAAAAAUCAUCUACAAGAUCUGAACUGUUAAAAUUUGACAUAAGCUCACUGAGUUACAAGCCUGAAUUUUUUAAGCAAAAUACUGAAGACAAAAGUCCUACACCGGAAUACAAAUUCGAUAAAUCUUCAGAUUCAACGACUGAUAUGGGCAUUCCUAAAUUAGAUUUUAACUUAUCAAGUUUUAGUAAACUAUCUAAGGAUUCGUUAAGUCCUAAUGAAGUCAAGGACAAUGAAACAUCUCCUAGGACAUAUGAAUUCAAGCAGUUUAACUUUGCAGAUAGUUUUAAAACUAAUGACAAUAUACCAGAUGAUAGACUUAUCGAGGAAAUUGCAUCCAAAGAAUCUAUUGAAGGUUCUAAAUCUGUUAAGAUUCUGGAGACUGCAUCACCAGAAAUAAAAGUACAAAACGACACAUUUAUGGCAGAAAAUAAUUCAUUAAGUACAAUUUCUUUGCGUGAUAACCCCGAUGCAAAAUUAAUAGAAGAAAUUAAACAAGAAACUCAAAUCACAGACUCCACACCGACUCUAAGCAUAGAAGAAAUUAAGUUGAAGUAUUCAAAGCAAAAAACUGAAGACACAUCUUUUUAUGAAAAAAGCUUUUCUGAUGAUCAAAAAGAGACAUUUUCAAGAUUCUCCAAUCUCAACUACAAAAAACUAUAUAAGGUUGAAUCACCAAUAACAGAACUUGAAGAAAAUCCUGAGUCAGAGUCAAAAAUUCAAGAUAACAUCAUUUAUGAGGCGAAGACUUUUGAUGUUUCGAAAUACGGAAUUGCCAAUAAAUCUCCUUUAAAUACAAAGUCAAUAUUGGAUGAAAUUAAAUCUGCUGAUACCGAAUCCUCUUUGGAGCUUGGUCUGAGAUCCGAUGAAGAUUUAGCGAAAACCUGUUACAAUUAUUUGAAAUCACCUGUAAGUGAAUUUUACCCUCAAAUAAGCCACAGGACUGAUACAAAUGAUUUUUCUCCAAUAGAUGCGACUGAAAGUUUAAGCAGUUCUGGAUUUGAGUGCAGACCCAUGAAGUCACCCACUUCUGAUUUCUCGAUAGAAAAUCAAAAUUUAAAGUCGCCCAAUAAAGUAUUUAAUCCAUUCCCCGUACCAUUAAGCUCAAGACAAAGUAAAGAGAAGUAGACGCGUCGUUUGCAUGGCAACGCAGCGUUUUGACGGACGGUCUGGUGGCGUCUACAAACGUCGCCAACAUCAUCGGUCACGUGACCGGCGUAAAUUGCUACGUGUCGUCGUGUAAGCUG